CGAAACUAUUUUAUAGUCUUAUCUUCAGUGUCAAGGCAACAUUGUCUCCAUUCGUAACCCCCAAAAACCCAAUUAGCCGUUUCUUCUUCUUCUUCCUCUUACGCCUUAACUAGGUUUCUCAGAACACUAUCUGAGCACUUACAAUGGCCACUAACCUAGCCGAAAUGGCUAGAGAAGCAUUCGUUGACGACAAUUUUGAACUCGCUGUUGAUCUUUAUACUCAAUCCAUCAAAUUAAACCCUCGAAAUGCAGAUCUUUUUGCUGAGCGUGCUCAAGCUAAUAUCAAGCUCGGAAACUUCACUGAGGCUGUUGGGGACGCUAAUAAGGCAAUUGAACUGGACCGGUCACUGGUUAAAGCUUAUCUUCGUAAAGGCAUUGCAUGCGUGAAACUUGAAGAAUAUCAUACUGCAAAGGCUGCACUUGAAAUUGGUGCCUCCUUGGCCCAAAGCGAUUCAAGAUUCGCCAAAUUGAUCAGUGAAUGUGAUCAGCAAAUUGCAGAGGAAACCAUGGCUCUAAAGAAACAGUCAACACCAAAUGGGCAAGCAAGUACUACAAAUGUGUCCGUUGAAUCUUUGGGAGAUUCUAAAGAAAGGUGUACUUUGCCGAAUCAGGUUGGCAUGACUUCAAAGCCAAAAUUCAGACAUGAGUUCUACCAGAAGCCAGAUGAAGUUGUUGUGACAAUAUUUGCAAAAGGCAUACCAGCAAGAAAUGUUGCUGUGGAAUUCGGAGAACAGAUUCUAAGUGUUGCUAUAGAAAUUCCUGGUGAAGAUGCUUAUCAUUUCCAGUCUCGAUUGUUUGGGAAGAUCAUACCAGAAAAGUGCAGAUACCAGGUGUUGUCAACUAAAGUCGAAAUUCGUCUUUCUAAAGCCGACAACAUUCACUGGGCAUCGCUUGAAUAUAGCAAAGAGGCUAUGGUUCCACAAAAAAUUAAUGUAUCAUCUGGAUCUCACAAGCCCGUGUAUCCAUCUUCGAAACCAAGAUCAAGAGACUGGGAUAAGUUAGAAGCUCAAGUGAAGAAAGAGGAAAAAGAAGAGAAGCUAGAUGGUGAUGCAGCUCUGAACAAGCUAUUCCGUGACAUAUACAAAGAUGCCGAUGAGGAUACGAGGAGAGCUAUGGCCAAAUCCUUUGUCGAGUCAAAUGGAACAGUUCUGUCAACAGAUUGGAAAGACGUGGGUCAAAAGAAAGUCGAGAGUAGCCCCCCAAGUGGUAUGGAUUUGAAGAAAUGGGGUUCAUAGAUCGUUGUGGACAAAAGCAGUAAACCACAUUUGGUUAGCAUCUUAGACACAUUAGAAUUUGACCCUUGUUGUGUUAAAAGUUCAAUUCUAAUGAAAUGUGAAUUAUCGGUCAAAUUUGUUUCUUUCUCAUGUCUUUUUUAGUUGUCUUUGACUGAACCACAGAACAUUCAAAUACAAACAUUUAAUUUACUGUUAUUAGAUAGCCAAGCCAAACCAAUUUGCUUGUGUUGUUUAUUAUGAUUGAAUUGUAGUUCAAAGGGCACUCUUCUUAAUCCGAGUUUGAGAUGGAAUAAGACCCGGGCAUAAUGUCCCGUCGGUAGGAAAGUGUAAUUUUCUUUCAAAAUGAGGGAAAGCUCUUUUAG